AUGUCUCAAAACCCGAUACAAAAUAACCAAAAUAACCUACCCCAUACAAAUGGCGGAAAUCUCGUCAGGCAAAACCAACUGGGAAGACCCAGACAAAAUUUUGUCAAUCCUAACUUUAGGCCUCAAGAAGUUUAUCUUGAUAAUGGUAGACCGACCUUACAAAGACCACUCUUAAAUAAUGGUAGACCAAUUAAUCCUCAAGUUAGAACCAUAAAUCCUUCAGCCAUUUCACAAUUGAGACAAAGCCAAUUACUUGCUUCAAAUUAUACAUCUUUACAAGAAAGGGAGGCCGCACAAAACCAGAUCGGACUUACAAAUAACACGUUGGCCCAGGUUCGACCACCAUUCAAUAAUUUGUCAACUCAGGAAACUGCUGCAGAAAACAUUAAUUCUCAGGCUGGAUCUUUACACGAUCAGUCUACUGUAAAUAGUAUAAAUACUAAUAGUAAUAAUAGUAAUCAACCUGCAAAAAUUCCAACGGUUCAAGCAGGUCAGUUUGUAAAUAAUUCUAUUACACAGAUAAAUCAUUCUUCUAUAAUUCAAGGCAUUAUACCUCAAAAUAUCACAACAGGUCAACAAGGACAUUCUGUAAAUAAUCUAACGCAUCAAACUAUAGUUUCAGCUAACAUAUCAGAUCAAAGCGUAGCAUCGAGUAAUACAACAUCGCAACCUCAAAAUCGGCUUGCUCUUGAAGAGAGAAAAAAGUUGUCACAGGAACCCAAGCAUCUAAUGACACCUCGUAAACGACUUCCACCCAAAAAGCCAUUUCAACCUCAAAUAGAGAAAACUCUUGUUAAAGAAUUUGUUAUAACUGGUUCGAUGAUUAACUCAAUGAAGAAAGUAAAUCUAAUGAGAUUGCAUCGAGGAAAUAAUGUGUUAGAUAAGUUUCAACCACCAGUAAAGCUUCAUCGACGAGAUCCUGAAGCACCUACUCCGAGCGCCGGAACUACUCGUCAAAAUGAAGAUGUCGCUGUUGUACCACCCUCAAAAAUGACACAGCAAGCUGCAAGUCCUACCACUGGUGCAGAUACUUCUAAAAUUGCACCAUUCGCCGGUGCUAGACAUAAUAAGAAAAAUCUAUUCAAGAAAAGAACCACACAAAUUUAUUUGGCCGAUGAUAGACAAAGGCAGCUUAAAGCUGAAGAACGUUUACCAUGGGUAUUAGAGGACUAUGAUGGUACACAUACAUGGGUUGGCCAUUUCGAAGAAACUGAUGCAAAAUAUGGAUUCUUAAUAAAAGAUAAAACAGAUGAGAAUAAGCUUAAAUUCCUUCCAUCACAUCGGUGGUAUACAUUCCGUCCACAAAUUAAGUACAAGACUCUUACUAUCGAAGAAGCAGAAGAAGAGAUGGCAAGAGCUAAAAAGAGAGAUAAUGAUCGAUGGAUGAUGCGAAGGUGGGGUAAACAAAAUGAAAAAGAGAAAAAACUAGCCGAAGAAGAAGGCGGCAUUAUUAAUCUCAAGUCAACAUUGAGGACUGUCGAGAAUGAAGAUGAUUUAUUCGGUUCCGAUGACGAAGGAAAUGUCAAAAGACCAAGAAGAGGGAUUCAAAGCGAGGAAGAGAUGGAAUACGAGCAAGUUUUUGAAGAUGAUGAAGAAGAAUUGCCAGAUGAUGCUAAUCCUAUUGAUGAAGAAAACGCAGAAGUCGUCAAGUUAAAAAAAAGAGCCAUCCACAAACCUACGUCUCUUGAGGAUGAAGAUGAAGACGAAGAUUCUUCUCUUAAAUUAACUCAGGAAGGAAUGCAGUUAAAGAAGUUGGUCAGAAAGUUCGAUGACAAUGAAGCUUACGACGAUAGUGAUCAGGAAUCGAAUCCUUAUGCCAGUGAAUUUGAUGAAUCUGAAGAAGAAUCAAGUUCAGAAUCUCCUGCGAGAACUCCAGUUAUUGGAGCUGCUGGUAAUAAGCCCACUCCGACCGUGAAGACCGAUAAAAGCAAAUCACCUGCUAAACCUAAGACAGCCACCAAAAGUACAGCUAAAUUGUCGACUAGUGAAGAAACAUCUUCGAAAACCAGAUUUAAAAGUAGUGAUAAACCUGUUGUGAAUCAAAUUUCUGGAUCCAUGCCACAAAGAAUAUCUCUCGGGAAGAGAUCAACUAUGUAUGAACCUUCAUCUGAUGAUGAUAGGCCCACAACUCAUAAACGGUUUAGACAAAAUGAAACUGCUAUAUCUUCAACUAGUACUUCAAAUACUAUAAGUAGAGCAGCAAGUAUGAACGUUUCUUCUAAUGUUCGUACAACAACUGGCGACAUUAAACGAGUUCGUGAAGUUAAGGAACCUAUGUCUUCCACAGGUAAGAAAGCCCGAACUGAAAAACCAAUUUCUGGUUCUCAAGCAGCGGCUCAAAGUGCUGCUCUUUCUAGCAUCUCACGUGCAGACUCCAAUAGAUUGAUCUCCGAACGAGAAGUUCGGCAAAUAAUCAGCAAGAAUCGCGAACUUACAGUUCCCACAAUUAUCAGAGCGUUCCGUAAGCGAAUCCAGGAGGAUGCACGUAAUCGGGAUCUUCUUCUCGAGAUCACAAAGAACGUAGCUAUUCUUAAGGAUGGUUGCCUAGUCUUGAAAGAUAAGUGGGGGAAUAAAAUGUAA